GUUUAAUAAAUUACAAUUUUUUUAUGUUUAAGAUUUAAGUAGUUUAAUUAUAAUAAUUAUUGUAUAACGAUGGCACACAACAUAUUCAAUAAAGAUUUUUCUCUCUUCAAUACCUAAUUGAUUUACUUUAAUUUUCACAAUACACUACUAUAGAUAUUAUACCAGUUAAUUGUUUAUAGCAAUAUGACAAUACCUAAAAAUUAGUUAACAAUAUAAAUAGAAGAAUAAUUAUGAUUAAGAUGCCGGCUAUUUAUUAAAGAACAAAUUAUUGGCAAUAACUAGUGUAAAUGGUUAUUAGUGUGAAUGAAUCCUUUUUACAAACUGUGUACCAGCAUAACUGAUCAGUUUUAUUACGAUCACAGUGUGCUGUGUCUUAAGUUGUACUUUUAAAUGUAUAUGUUACGGUAAAUGAUGUUACAUCGGAAAUUAACGUUAUUCGCCGGUUAUUUACAUUAUUUACCAAAUAUACAGGUUAUAUUAUACUUCAUAUAAUGUGGAAUGAAGUCAAAAUCGUUCAUGGAAAGCCAAGACAUAGUCAAAGUCAGGGGUCAGUUGAACGAGCCAAUAGAGACGUCCAAGAAAUGCUAGCUGCUUGGAUGGGUGAUAAUAAUAGUUCCGAUUGGCCAUCGGCAUUAAGAUUUAUUCAGUUUAAAAAAAAUAGAGCUUUUCAUUCAGGCAUAGGUAGAACGCCAUAUGAAGCGAUGUUUGGCUGCACGGCUAGAAUUGGUUUAAUGUCGUCUAAUCUUCCAAACGAUGAAAUAAAAGAGGUCAUUACGGAAGAAGAUUUAGAAAAAAUAACCAAUGAACCAAUCACCGAAGAAGACGAAAUCGGAAAUGAAAUCAUAGAAAUCGUAGAAAAAAAUUCGGAACUUGAUGAUCGUCAAGAAAAUAUUUGUAUUGCACGUAAAAAUUCAAAAAAAAAUUUAGAAAAACAAGGAGAGAAAAUGAUGAAACUUUCCAAAGAAAAGUUUCCUCAGCUUGAAAUAGGCACAACUGUACGUGUAACUAUACCGGACGUUGAUAGAGCUCGUGGUUCUCCGCGAAAUAUACUGGCAGUUGUCACCCAAGUUGAACAUGACUUAUACAAACUCUGUACGGAACAUGGUUUUCUUAAAUAUAAUUACACACGCCAAGAAAUAGCUGCUUGCGAAGAAAAUCUAUUAGACAUGUACAAUGUGAUAAAAUUAGCAGGUGAUAGACAGUUGACACUGAGGGAAGCAGCUAGUAAUAGUUCGGUCGCGGGCCCUCAAGGGUACCAGCGUUGCCAUUGCAAGACUGGUUGUAAUAAUAAACGUUGUGCCUGCCGUGGGGCUGAAAAAUUAUGUAAUAGUAAAUGUCAUGGGAGUACAAAUUGUAAAAACAAAUAA